AUGCAUUACCGCGACUUUGUCUACGCCGCCCUACUCGCCCUAGGCGCCUUCACAACCACCAUCUCCGCCGCCCGCAACCCCGCCAAUAGCGUCCUUCUCUCCUCGAUCCAAAGCCUCACCCUCCGCUCGAACCUCAAAACCACCGCGCGCCGCGUCUCCGCUAUCCCGCAGCUCAAAUGCAUCGGCGGCAGCGGCAAAGGCCUCUACGAAGUCGACACCAUGCGCUGCCGCAACAGCGGCUCCUCCUACGACGACGCGAACAUCGAGUGGACGUGUACGGCCUCCUUACCCCCAGAGUUCAAGCUCGGCAGCACGGACGUCAUAUGCGAAGGCUACGACUCCCCAGACGAUCCGUACAUCCUGAAGGGCAGCUGUGGAGUUGAGUACAGGCUUGUGCUUACGGAGAAGGGGGAGGAGAAGUACGGGCGUCGGGGUGGUAGCGGGUGGAACUGGGGCAGUGGGAACGACGAAAAGCACGGCGAGACGGGGGUGGAGAGGACGGUUAGCUUGUUGUUCUGGUGUCUGUUCAUCGGCGUCGCGAUUUGGAUGGUCUGGUCCGCGUUCAUUCGGCCGCGGAUGCCUGGAGAGGGGCCUGCGGGUGGAAACAGGCCUGGUUGGGGCGGUGGUGGCGCCGAUGACAACGAUCCGCCCCCGCCGUACGACUACCAGCCGCCGCGGAGCAACAAGUCGAGCUGGUCAUCGUUCGCCGGCCGGCCGCAGCAACAGGGGUGGCGUCCGGGGUUCUGGAGUGGAGCAUUGGGAGGCGCGGCGGCUGGGUAUAUGGCAGGCAACAGGGGGAACCAGACACGGUACAAUAGGGACUCGUACAACCGAACGGGAUCGUGGGGUGGCGGCGGCGGCAGUAGUUGGAACAAUGGGGAGGGAAGCUCAGGGGGGAGCUCGGGGUCGAGCGCUUCGUCGACAAGGUACGAGAGUACUGGAUUUGGGUCUACGAGCCGUAGAUGA